GUGAGUUUGGCUUAACACCGCUUUGAACAGUAUUUAUAUUUCAGUUAUACCCUGGCUUGUCAGCUUCAAAUGGGACGAAACUCACCAACAUAGGUUUCUGGCACGCCCAAGAAACGCAACUCUACACAGCGAAUUGCGACGCCUCAGACGACUGAGCCACUGGAUGACUGUCCAGGAAGGCUCUACUGCUAGAUACCCGAAAAGGUACAAGCGGCCAGCUACCUUACUACAGAAAGACUCCAGUCAGGGAGACCAAUUACAGAACAACGUAGAGGCUCCAGUGUUACAGAUAGGCUCCAUCUCCAUUGCUGCAAGGACAAUGUUUCUGGCAGAUUGUUUGAGAUCCAGACACUAUCGAGGUGGCACUGUAACGGUCAUUUGCCUGGGAAUGAUCCUGGUGACCUUCACCUUGAAGUCUUCAUCAAGGUCAAGAACGCAAUUAAACGAGGUUCAGGAAUACAAGAGGCGGGUAGCGGAAUUAGAGAUACAGCUGGAACAGGCAUUGAAACAGAUUCCAUUUUCCACAACAUCAACGACAACACCUAAACCUUGCCGCGAUGAUUUUAAAGAAAUCUUUGAGAGAGAGAAGCGAUAUAUAUGUUCUCACGUGCAAGGCGGACUGGGAAACUUCAUGUUUGCAUACGCCUCGGUGUACGGAAUGGCCUCAAAGGUCAACAAGUCGGUGGUGAUCCAAAAGGAUAACCCUCUCUUGAAGUACUUCCGGGUUAAGGCCAACGUUGUCAAUGACCUUUGUAUAUGCAACACCGCGAAAUUUGUCAACGAGGGUCGGCAUUGCCAGUUUAAUAAGGAUUUGCUGAACUUGAGUGAAAAUACAAAUUAUCGGCCUGGCUGGUAUUUUCAAUCAUGGAUGUACUUCCGACAUGUUGCAGAGGAGAUACGCCAACAGUUCAAGUUCAAAGACGAUGUGCGUCAGAAGGCCAUCAGUUUAAUCAAGGGCAGUAGAGAAGCAUUUGUUAACCGACAAAGAGGCAGUGACCAUGACAACGUGACGAUUGUGGGCGUGCACGUGCGUAAAGGGGAUAUCACCAAGAACAAGCAAUUUGUUGCUUACGGAUAUACGGUUGCCUCCCCGCAGUACUUCUCCGCAGCAAUGACGUAUUACAGGAACAAAUACAACAGAACCUUGUUCCUGGUGUGCUCGGAUCACGUCACGUGGUGUAAGGAGAACAUUAACGGAAGUGACGUCAUGUUUAUGGAAGAUAACUCAUUCGAAGUAGAUCUAGCUAUAUUAGCUCACUGCAAUCAUUCCAUAAUGUCCGUGGGAACAUUCGGCUGGUGGGCCUCGUUCCUGGCUGGAGGGGAGACAAUCUACUACAAACAUCCGGCCAGAAACGGAAGUAGUUUAAGGAAGCAGUUUUCAAAGGAUUACUCGGAUUUUUUCUAUCCUGGGUGGAUAGGAAUGGAGUGAUUAACCACAACGUGCACGGAUACGUGUGUGUUUGAGUGUGUGGGGUCUGUGUGUGUGUGAUAGUUGGUGAUUAUGGUGCAGUGUGUGAGGUUGGUAAACUAUGGUGCAGUGUGUAAGGUGAAGAUCCGGGGUAGAAAAGGUCUUCAGUGACCCAUGCGGAAUCGGAAUCGGGUGGUCAGGCUCGCUGACUUGGUUGAUGCAUGUCAUCGUAUCCAAAUUGCGUGGAUCGAUGCUCAUGAUAUCAACCAGUUGGUAGUUUAUAGUUGGUUGGUUGUGGUGCAGUGUGUGGGGUUGGUGGAUGUCCAUUGGUAGUUUAUAGUUGGUUGAUUGUGGUGGGAUGUGUGGGGUUGGUGGAUGUCCAUUGGUAGUUGAUCAAUAGGAUGCACCAGCUUGUGUAACAGCAAUGAAAGAUAGAAGCAAUAAACACUAUAUUUAAGGCUACUAUGAUAGUAGAAUGUACAUUUACGAACUUAUAGAGUAGCCCGUUUUCGAUUUCGUUGUAGCUGACAUGAUUUAUUUGUUGAAACAGGUACAUUUGUUGGUAUUUUAAGAGAACAAAGACUGUGAAGAAAAGGUUGUAUUAAAGAGGAAUAUCACUUUCUAUGUGUAUGUCCAAUGAUGUAAUCAGGAGGGUUUUAUCGAUAAAACACGCCCUACUUCGCGGAAAGCACGUUUAACUUGUGAAGACCUUGUUAAUGAUUGGGACAGUGUAAAACGUGUCGUGGAAUACUCUCACACAACUGUACUACUUACAAUUAUUCAGAAAUAUUGAAAUAUAAUGUUGCCAUUACAGGCUCAAGUUAUAUUGUACAAUAACUGAAGUUUUGUAAGCAUUGUUUGUAUUUCAUUGUGCAACCUGCACGUGUCAAAUGUCUGAUGGAACAGAAGUUUGUGAAUAA